GUAGGUAAUCAAGUUGGCUUUUUAGCCACAAUGUGAGACAUCUCAUCAUGAGCUCCAAAUGAGCCAGCUCACGAGUUUAGCUCAAUAAGCAACCGAGUCGAGCUAGCUCGCGAGCUUCACGAGCUGGACAAGGCUUAACUCAUGAUUGACUCGUUAAUAAACGAGUCGAGUUUCGAGCGAACUUUUUCCAAGUCGAACGUCGAGCCGCUCGCGAGCAGGUCGACUCAUUUGCAGCCCUAAUCAGUAUAUCUUUCUACUUUCUAUUACUAGCUAGAAUUAAUCACUAUCCUUUGGGUUUAUUGCUAUCUUCUUACCAAUACUGUAUGACAAUGUUGAUAUAAUAUAUUUUGAUCAGAUAUUUUAUUUGGAAGAGUGCAGCAACCAAAGUUAGAAUUGAACUAUAAUUGUCACCUCUAAAAGUGUCCAAUAAAAAAUUCAAUACGGCUCAAAAUAAAAUAUUAAAAUGACUUGCUUAGCAGUAAGAAUAUACUAAUUACUACUUUUCUCUCGUUUUAUCGAGGGUUGUAUUGAGGCGGCGAAAACCCUAGGUUUUCCGUAGAAAGGUCGGCGACCAAACUAGAUCUCUACGAUAACAGAGGUAGAAAAGGACUACGUUUCCUUCUACAAGUAGGUUACAGAGGUGGAAUCACAAGCCUAUUUAGCUUAUUACAGUAAGUCGAGGAAAAGAAUUCCCUUGUGAAGAGCUACAGCCUACAAGCAAGCAAAUAAAGGAAGAGUGGAAAAACAAGAAAGGUGUAGAACACAUUCCUUGUGCAAACUAGCACGCAACUCUUGUUCAAUAUAUGUCACCAACUCAUCGUUUAUUCGAUUUUGAAUAUAAUUUUUUGUAUAUUCAUGGGUGAAAAUUAUCUUCCCACACUUAUAGUUGCAACAUACAGAUAAUUGUCAACUUGAGAAUUAAAUAACUAGAUAGAUACGGUUUGUGCUUAUUUGUUUUCACUUUUUUCUAACUCGUCAACCCUUUGUAAGUUUUUAAAUCUGCCAUCAAAUGGUAGGUAAAAUAAUACAUGAAUUCAACUUAUGACCGAGAAAUAUCAUAAGAUUUGGGGUAAUUGAUAUGAAUCGUACUAGUAUCGACAGGGGAAAAACAACCGUUGGGAACUUCUUAUGGGAACAAUAAUAGUUGUAGGUUUAAUUUUAGAAUGGGCUAAUACCACUACAACACCCGAACUGUCCGAAAAAUACCACUUGUAUCCUAUUGUUUCCAAUAUUCCAUCUGUGUCCUGAACUAUUAUAUUUUAUAUCAUUUGUAUCCUAACAAUUUUGUUGACCGUUAAAGAUAACAGUUGACCAAACGGCGGUCAAAAUAACAUUGACUUUUGCUGACGUGGCAAUGCCAAGUCAUUGACACCUCACAUUUUUAAUUUAUAUUAAAUAAAACUUUGAAAAUAAAAAUUGAAAAAACUCUAAAUUCAAUAAUAUUACUAAAUAAUAUUAUAAAAACCCAAAAUUCAAGGAUAUAUAUCUUCGAAGUCGACGGUCCGUUCUUCUCUGCUUCUUCAUCUUCCUCCCAUGCCCCUUGGUGAAAGCUGAAUCGUCAUUCACCGUUCCACGAGGACCAGCUGUUCUUGGUCUAGAUUGCAUGCCCAUUCGAAGUCUAAAGGGGGGUUCUGUCCAGAAAUCAGAAAAUCUCGCACCGGCAAAAGGAGAUCAUGAGCGUGUUGGCGACAACUCUCUACUAACACCACAACAGCUCGAAUGUUUCCACAAUAGGGGGAUCGCCACAGCGAAAUCAGAUGUUUUCGGCUUCUAGAUCCGCAUCGCCAUCGAUUUGGGGAAGAAGGGAGGUGGAUUUAGCUUACCCUGCUUCCGGCUUCGACGAAUGCAGUAGCAGCAAGCCCAGAUCUGGUGCUGCUGCCGCAAUUAUAGCAACAUUGUCCUUGUCGGCCAUUCUCCGUCUCUUGCUUUUGAUGCUCGUACCUCGUACAUGCUUUAUCCGGAGCCUCAACGUCGACGGGAGCGAGUUCUAGGACUACCUCCGACUACCAGUACAGACUCUAUCCAUCAGCGACACUAUCGCCAUUGGAAUAAUCAAUCAUCAGAUCCAGAUUUCCUGGGUCCAAUCCUCCUCCAGCUGCUCCAAUCGAUGCGCGAUGUAAGCUUCUUCAUUAGCGUUGCGUAUGGGUAUCCCAAUCAAUGGAGGAACCCAAAUCCCUCGCACUGGCGAGGAACCCCCCAUAUCGGCGACCUUGCUUCUUGCAAACCCAGAUCUGCCGCCUUGAUUUACUAGUGAUAGAACCUAGAAACCAAAAAAAUCAACCCUCCUACGCCCUGGAUUUGUCGAGUUUUGUCGAUGAUUCAUUGUGGGCAUCUUCAUCUCACAUCAUGACUCGCUCGGGGAUGAGGAGGAGAGUCCAUCCAGUGAAGAAAUCGGAGAUAAUUGUUGGAGCAUGGUGCCGCUGUUGUUGUUGGGCGGAGUAGCAGCAGAUGCGGGGAAGGGUGAACAAGGAGAAAGGGUCAAGUGGAUGAAUGGUGGAGAUGGAAAGUUUUUAUUUUUUUCAUUGUUUUUUAUUUUAAUUAUUUUAUUAAAUAAAAAAUAAAUGAAAAUUCCACGUCAUGUGCCACAUCAACGCUGACUAGACUUUCUGUUAAAAAUCAACGGUCAAAACAAGUCAACUUUAACAGAAAAAUAGUUUAGGACACAGAUGGAAUAUUGAAAACAAUAGGACACAAGUGGCAUUUUCGGAAUAGUUCGGGUGUUGUAGUGGUAUUAGCCCUUUUAGAAUUAACUUGUUAUUUUAUAUAAAGAAUCGUGAGAUUUAUUAGAAACACAUCAAGUGAAGAUUGUAAGGAAGAUUGUUUAGUAUUAGUCGAUCAAGGAUAAUUUCCCAAACUUAUUUUUCCCUUCGUAAAUUUUUGCUGCUCCUCCAAGCCAAGGAGGGUGCAAGCACCCCAACCUAAUGAGUGGCUCCGCCACUGCAUGCAGAUUCUUUCUACUUUCGAUUAGUAGCUACAAUUAAUCACUAUCACUUUGGGUUAUUUAACUUUCGUUGAGGGGAUGCAUGUGAUAUGCUAUCUUCUUACUAAUUGUAUAUUACAAUGGUGAUCCGAUUGUUUAUUUGAAAGAGUAAGAAGAGUGCAAUUGCUACCAAAAUUAUGAUUGAGUUAUGAUUGCCACCUCUAGAAAGUGUCCUAUAAAAAAGUCAAUAUAGC